AUGGUUUUCCAACCAUUUUUACGUCCUGUGAAUCAAUCCAGAUUCCGCAUGAAUGACUUGUGCGGACGAUUCAACAGUAUAUGGACUGUGGGGAUCCUCCUCCUGUUCUCGACGCUUACAUUCUACAUUCACACUGCCUACGACCCUGUCACCUGCUGGACCCCCGCUGAGUUUACGUCACAAAUGGUCAGGUAUACCAAUAAGAUGUGCUGGGAAAGUCCAACGUAUUACGUGGUGAAAGACAACACUGCACCACCGGAUAGAUUUAAGCCUUCAGUGAUGAAGAAACCACCAUACCGCUGGAUUCCACUCAUUCUACUCGUGCAGGCAAUGCUGUUUAAACUUCCUGAUAUCGUCUUAUCCGUCGGUCAAGGUUUGGUGGGUUUUAGAUCUUCGAGGAUUUUUGGACUAACUGACGGGUACGAGACACUGAAUAUGGCCGAUCGAGACCGAAUGGGGAGACAAGUUGGACAGUACGUGAAAAGCUGGAUAAACUCCACUGUUUUGAAGGGCUGUCCGUGGGGAUGGCUUACCCUAUUGUUUCUGUUCACAAAACUUCUAUACUUUAUAAAUGUCGUCACACAGUUGUCCAUCAUGAACGCUGUCCUCAAAUCAGAAAACCAGUCUUCCUUUGGACUGCAAUUGGCUGACGAUAUUUUCAGCAACCAAACGUUGCAUUGGCGUACCAGCAGUCUAAAACUUCAGAAAGGAUUUCUGUGCGAUUUUUCCAUCCGGAAGUUGAGCAUGGUGCACAGUUUCACUACACAAUGCUUUUACAGUAACAUCACAUACUACGAGAUGGUGUUUGGGAUCAUGUGGUUGGUGUUCGUUUUAGUGUCUAUAACGACGACGUUCAGUGGCUUGAACCAACUACUUCUCGUUUUAGUACCCCUCUUCCGCAGAAGGUUUGUCAAGCGCUAUCUGCAUCUGUCCGAGGAGAUGACAUCCUCUCCCUCUGACAACGACAUUGCCCGAUUUGCAGGGUCAGAAAUAACAGAGGACGGCGUUAUGAUACUGAAAGCAAUCGGAGAGGCUUCCUCAGAGCACCUGGUCAGGGAUGCUGUUAUUUAUCUGUGGAAUAUUGCGCACAUCCAACAACCUCAAGGGGCUAGAGGCCAGUAUGUUCCUCCUCCAAGCGGUCAUCAAGGAUACACACCAGAAUCUCACCAGCUACAGGAGUUCCCUGACUGUUCUACACGUGUUGGUGCUUACCGUCCUGUAAAGGACUGAGACAACUAGAUUUGAAUUAUCAUAAUCACUAUAUCUCCUGUAGAUUGGUAAUUUAAGCCGAUCAAACAUACUACAUAGACUUCUACCUUUAUAACGUGGUAUACUGUAACCUCAGAACUAUGAAAUUUCAGACAAAAAGCAAUAAAAAUCAUAGCCUUA